UUCUUAUUUCGCUUUCUAUCAAUUUACCAUGGGUGUUACUGUUGAAACUCUUUCUCCUGGCGAUGGUAAGACUUUCCCCAAGAAGGGUGACAAGGUCACUAUGCACUAUGUUGGCACCCUCUUGAACGGUAAAGUCUUUGAUUCUUCCCGCAAGCGUAACGAACCUUUUGUCUGCACCAUUGGUGUUGGUCAGGUCAUCAAAGGCUGGGAUGAAGGUGUUCCCCAAAUGUCCCUCGGUGAAAAAGCCAAGCUCACUGCUACCCCUGAUUUCGCUUAUGGUAACCGUGGUUUCCCCGGUCUUAUUCCCGCCAACUCAACCUUGGUUUUCGAAGUCGAGCUUUUGAAGAUCAACUAAAUGUAACCGUUUUGUACGCAUCUCUGAAGUUGCAAAUAAAAGUAGCCAAAAACAAAGAAUAGUAUCAUUGAUACU